AUGACGUUGAGGAUAUGGAAGGAUGGAUCAGAGGCACCGAUGGUGGAGUUAGUGGUCCCAGAGGAUACCGAGUUACUGGAGGAGAUACUUCGGAAGGCACAUUACUCGCAGUUUGUGAUGGAUCCUAGUGCUACCAAGAUACAUGAUGUAGUUUGGGUUGCUGUAGAUCGGUUGACAAAGACAGCUCAUUUUAUGCCUAUUCGUCAGACAAAUCCGAUAGAGUCGUUGACCAAAUUGUAUGUACGAGAGAUAGUCCGACUGCAUGGUGCACCAUUGAGUAUUAUGUCUGAUCGGGAUCCCAGAUUUACUUCACAAUUUUGGGGUACUUUUCAAGAUGUUCUGGGGAUGAAACUGAACUUCGGCACAACUUUUCAUCCUCAGACUGUUAGGCAGAAGGUUGGUGACAGACCACUAUUAGGUUCAGAGAUGGUGCAGCAGACUAUUGAGGUUUGGGUGGCCGGAUCGCUAGCGGUGAUGUUGGCUGGGUUUGGGUCGAGUCUGGCCGAGUUGACCCGGUUUAACCUGACGGUGAUCCCGACUGAGGUAGGGGUUUCUAUGUCUCUCGCGUGUGGUUCUAGAAUUCCGAUUUCACGGACUCUUAUUAUAUUAUGGUUUUGUCGAUUUUCGGUGGGAAAUGCGACCUGUGAGUUGGAUAGAGGUGACGACGGUCAGCUGCGGGACGCAUGA